AGAAAAGAAAAGAAGAAGAAAUCUCGUCUCGUAUAAAAUCUGAAGUCACACGGUUUCUCUUCAAAUUCUCUAAACCUUGUUUUCUGUCUUUUCGUUUUCCUGAAACCACAAUCUUCGAAUAAUGCGCUCGGUUUUCUAGGUUUCGUUGAUUUCUCUGUAACCGGUUUCACAUUGAAAUGACGAUGGUGUGUUUGAUGUGAAAUCUUGUACGGGAAUUUGGUUUGUGUGAAGUGUAAUUUGUAACUGUUAAGGUUUUUGAACUUGAGAAUUGAAUGGGUUAUCUGUGUUUUUGUUUUUUGUUUAGGUUUGUUUAAGGUUUGCGGUGUUUGUAGAGUUAGGGUUUUGUGAGAAAUGAGGGAAGGGUUGAGAUCUCAAACUCCGGCGAGGAAGGGUUCUGUUGGUGGUGGUGGAGAAGUUGUUAGGAAGAAAAGGGUACGUGUGAAGAAUGAGGGUUUGGUUUUGGGUUUAGAGGGUUUAGUGGAACCUACCGAGUUGAAUGAGAAGGGUGAAGUUGAAGGUUUAGUUUUGGGUGAUGAGGGUUCUGGUGGUGAUGGGGGAGUUGUUCAAAAGAAAAGGGCACGUCUGCAGAAUGAGGGUAUGGUUACGGGCGAUGAGGUUUUAUUGGGACCUACCGAAUCGAUUGAGAAGAAGGGCAAUGUUGAAUGUGCUGACGAUGUUGAGUGUGCUGUCAAAGUUGAGGCUUUAGUGAAGCCUACCUCAACGAUUGAGAAGAAGGGCGGGGUUGAAUGUGCAGGUGAUUUUGAGUGUGCCGGUGAAGUUGAUGCUUUAGCGAAGCCUACCUCAUCGAUUGAGAAGGGCGGGGUUGAGUGUGCAGGUGAUAUUGAGUGUGCUGGUGAAGUCGAGGCUUUUACAAAGCCUACCUCAUCAAUUGAGAAGAAGGGUGGGGUUGAAUGUGCAGAAGAUAUUGAGUGUUCUGGUGAAGUUGAGGCUUUAGUGAAAAAUACUUCAUCGAAUGAUAAGAAAGGUGCAGUUGAAUGUGCAGGUGAUGUUGAGUGUACUGGUGAAGUUGAGGCUCUAGUGAAACCUACCUCAUCGACUGAGAAGAAAGUUGCAGUUGAAUGUGAAGGCAAUGUUGAGUGUACUGGUGAAGUUGAGGCUCUAGUGAAACCUACCUCAUCGACUGAGAAGAAAGGUGCAGUUGAAUGUGCAGGCAAUGUUGACUGUGCUGGUGAAGUUGAGUGUGCUGUGAGAAGAGGACGUGACUUGGAUUUAAAUGUGAGUUUGUGUAUGGAUGAUGACAUAGCUGAGAAUGGGGAGAGUAGCCCUCAGAGUUCUUUAAAAGACAGGGAUAUCAAUGUCGAAGCUAAAGCUGAUAAGAAGGAGGAUGAAGGGGUGAGUGGGGUUCGAUUGUUGCGGUCAAGGUCAAAGAACGGGGGUGAGAGAAUAUCUUAUAAUGAAGAGAAUUAUGGUGUCUUUUCUGGGAGUGAUGGAAAACAUGGUGUGUUGGAGAGGAUCAAAGUCAAGAUUGAAGAAGCUGAUGAGGUUUUAACUGAUGGUAACAAGAAUGAAAAGGUUAAGGUGAAAAUAGGGGGAAAGGUAAAGAAGAAAUUGAAACGGAAGCGUGGGAGGCCUCGGAAAACAGAGAUAAAAGAGAAAGAUGAAUUAGUUGAUCAGCCACCGCGUAAGCUUGGGAGGCCUCAUAAAACAGAGUUAAAAGAGGAUGAUCGGUUAGUUGAUCAACCACAACGUAAGCUUGGAAGGCCGCGCAAAACAGAGUUAAAAGACCAUGAUCAGUCACCGCGAAAGCUUCCGAGGACUCGCAAAUCAGAGUUAAAAGGGGAUGGUCAGUUCGUUGAUCAGUCACCGCGUAAGCUUGGGAGGCCUCGCAAGACAGAGUUAAACGAGGAUGAUCAGUCACCACGUAAGCGUGGAAGACCCUUCAAGGCCGACCAACAAAAACAUCUCAUGACCGUGGCACAUAAUAGUAAAGGAAAGAUGAGCCGUGAAAAUGGUAAAAAAGUUUUAACUGUAACAGAUAGUGCAAGUACAAAUGAAGUUGAUGAUACAUGCUCAGGGAGAUCUUCUGGCAAAAAGUUAAAAGAGAAGAGAUUUUCUCCUGUAAGGAAAAAUAAUCCACGAAAGGUUUUGAAAACUGAGAAUGAUGAGAUGGUCUCGCCAUUGGUAUCAACUACUGUGAAAGCAGCUGUUGCUAAAGAAGGGCCAAGGCGUAAAGAACAGCAGUUGGUGAGGGAUAAAAUAAGGGAAUGUCUCUUUGCUGCGGGAUGGACAGUAGACCAUAGACCUAGAAACGGCAGAAAUUAUGUUGAUUCAGUAUAUGUUAGUCUGGAUGGAACUACACAUUGGUCUGUAACCUUGGCGUACAAAAGGCUUAAACAGCAUUAUGAAGCUGGGGAUGGUGAAGGUAAGUUGUACAAACCUGGAUUUAUAUUUACACCCAUACUGCAGGAAGAUUUCAAUAGACUAACCAGAGUAGUUACCAAGUCCAAAAAAGGAAGUAAUGUUAAAUGUGAGCCCUUUGAAGAAAAAGGUGGAAAGAAAGUUGGAGUCAAACGAAAAGAGAAAAAAAUAAAACCUGAUUCUGGUGCAGGCAAGGGUAAGUCAGUAAAGGGGAAAAUGAAAAGGAAACUUAAAAGGAAACGACCGCUUCCUGAGGAGGGCAACACAAAUGUUACAUCACCUAACAGGGAUCGUAAGCGGCACAAAACACAGAACAAGACGCGGAGCACUCUGUUGGUUCGUGAUGCUACAGAGGAGGUAGAUUCAGAAAUUAAUGGAUAUGUGCCAUACAGUGGAAAACGAACCAUACUUUCCUGGAUGAUUGAUUUGGGCACAAUCCUCCAAAAUGGGAAGGUCCAUUAUACACAAGAUAGGUUGGAAAAUGCUUCACUGGAAGGUAAGAUCACAGGAGAUGGCAUUCACUGUGGCUGCUGUAAUGAAAUCGUAACAAUUUCAGACUUUGGAGCUCAUGCAGGAAGCAAACAAUCUGAUCCUCUGAAAAAUAUAUAUACGGAGGAAGAAACUUCACUCCUACAAUGCCUGUUAGAUUCAUGGAAUAAACAAGAUGAAUCUGAACUUAAAAGUUUUCAUUUCUUUGAUGUUGCGGGUGAAGAUCCAAAUGAUGAUACAUGUGGUGUCUGCGGGGAUGGUGGAGACCUGAUCUGCUGUGAUGGUUGCCCAUCAACAUUCCAUAAAAGCUGCUUAGAUAUAAAAUUCCCGUCUGGUGACUGGCACUGUGCUUACUGUUGUUGCAAAUUUUGUCGGUUGGUUGGCGGAAGUUCAAACCAAAGUGUUGUCAAUGAUGAGUUUACUAUGCCUGCAUUGCUCACAUGCCAUUUAUGUGAGGAAAAAUUUCACAUAUCCUGUGUUGAGGCAAAUGGUGGCAAGACCGAUGAUUCCAAGGAUGCAUUAUUUUGUGGAAACAAAUGUCAAGAGUUAUCGGAGAGACUUGAAAUGCUUCUUGGGGUUAAACAUGAAAUUGAAGAUGGAUUUUCUUGGUCUUUUAUUCGCCGGUCAGAUGUUGGCUGUGAUCUUUCUCUGACAAAUCCUCAGUUGGUAGAAUGUAAUUCUAAGCUGGCUGUUGCAUUAUCAAUAAUGAAUGAGUGCUUCAUGCCAUAUAUUGAUCAUAGAAGUGGGACCAAUCUGCUCCGCAGUAUUCUAUAUAAUUGUGGGUCAAAUUUCAAACGACUGGACUAUAGUGGGUUUAUUACUGUAAUUCUAGAGAGAGGUGAUGAGAUCAUCUGUGUUGCAUCUAUCAGGGUCCAUGGGAACCGACUUGCAGAGAUGCCAUAUAUUGGGACCCGCUAUAUGUAUAGGCGACAAGGAAUGUGCCGUCGGCUUCUAAAUGCCAUUGAAUCGGCACUCAGUUCUUUAGAUGUUGAGUUAUUGGUCAUACCAGCAAUAUCAGAACUCAGAGAAACCUGGACCUCCGUUUUUGGGUUUGAGCCACUUAAACAAACAAGCAAGCAAAUAACAAAUAACAUGAAUCUGUUGGUGUUUCCUCAUGUAGAUUUGUUACAGAAGAAGAUAUCAAAGCAUGCAAUUGCUAAUGAAAAUUUGAUUCAUAAUGAAGUUUCCAAUCAUCAGAAGAAUCUUACUGCAUACAAGGUAGCAUGUCAGGAUGGGGAAGACUCAUCUGGAUCUGAUUGUUGCCCGAAAAUUGAAAAAAAUAUAUCUGUUGAAUCUGGUUGUCUGCAACUUGAGAACUCGUUGAAUAAUGCACCUGACAUUACUAGCAACAACAUACAGAAUAUUGAAUCUCAAAAAGAUGUCACAUAUCAUGCUGCAUGUCAGAUUGUUAAUGAAAAAUUGGUUGUGGACAACAAGAUUUCCGACAGUUGUGAACUGAGACUUACGACUGACUGUGCUCAACCGGGCUGUAUAGGAUCAAAAGUAUAUGCUGAAUCUGACGAUGGUUGUGGCUCUCAUUCUAGACCAGAUGGUGAUAGUGCUUCUGGCGAAGCAGGUCUCACAAGCAACAUCUUGAGGCACGUUGAAUCACAGAAUACUACCAAAGAUGUGCCUGUUAAUUGUGAAAACAACUCUAGUGUUGUUAGUGUGCUAAAUGCUGACGAAGAACUACAUUAUUCCAAAACAAUUGAUCUCCAGACAAAAAAAAAUCCUGGAGAUCGCUCAUCUAUUCUAGUAUCUUCAGGUAUUUGUGACAAAAUUGCACAUGGUGUCAAUGGAACGAAUAAAGCAUCCAGGGAAGCUGAUACUGAUUUUCUUCCUGCUGAUAUUGAACUAAUUCUUGAUGAUAAGCCUGGUUCUCAUUCUAGACCCAAUGGUCAUAGUGCCCAUGGCGAAGCAGGUGUUACAACCAACGUUUUGAUGCACCUUGAAUCCCAGAGUAUUACUAAAGAUUUUCCUGUUAAUUGUGAGAACAAUUCUAGUGUUGUUGGUGCUCCAAAUGCUGAUGAAUCAGAACGAUGUUACUCCAAAACAAUUGAUCUCCAGACAAACAAAAAUCCUGGAGAUCGUGAGAAAAUUGCAGAUGUUGUAAAUGAGAGGAAUAAAGUGUCCAAUGCAGCUGAUGCUGAUUUUCUUCCAAUUGAUCUUGAAUUAGUUCCCAAUAAUAAGCCUGGGAUAAAAGAGUCUUCAGAGCUAUCAGAGGUUAAUUUGCAGGUUGAUCAAACUGAAUCGAGUAACGCUAACACUGCUUCGGGUGCGGCUCUGCACUGUACAUCUACCGGCAGUACUUCAUGUGGUAGUGCUGAAGGGAUAGUUCUGUCAAACCAGGCAGUUGAGUAGGUGAUAUAGCAAUGCAUUUUGGAUAGGGUCACAGGUAUGCCCUUGGUUUUAAUUCAGGAGGGCCACCCCUUACUUAAUGCGACACGAGAUUUGUCUUUGUAGCAAAGUAUUUUGUAAAAAGUUGUUAGAAUAGGGUGAUCUUACCUAUAGAUAAAGAUUUCUGGAGGUUAGCUCCAUUUUUUUAGAGGGUGGAGGAGCUAGGGGAGGAACAACACCAUGACAUGAGGCUCAUGUAUUUUAUUGCUCACGCGGUCAUUGCCAUUCAGACGUGAAGGAGUUGACCAUUGCUUUUGUUAUAAAUAUCGCUUAUACUUUCGUUGUUUUAGGUGUUGCAUUGAAUUUUUCAUUAUUAACUUUUUUAGGUGGUAGAAAUUGACAUGAUCAUUGAUGGUUGUGAAUGGCUAUGAACUUUGUACCUUAAUUGGCAAUGACAAAUGGAAAGUUGAAAUUUGAGUUUAAAAUUAUUUUCA